AUGGAUACUUCAAGCCCUGAAUUCCAAAAGCUGUACAGCGCAAUGUCAGCCUUUGUCACAGAAUGCAUGUCUGGUCACGACCCAUCUCACAACCCAGCCCACGUCCACCGGGUAGUAGGAUUGGCAGAGAAGAUCCUCGCCUCAGAGCAAAGCAUGAAUCCAACAAAACAAUUCAAUGCAGCUGAAGUCAGAUUGGCGGCCCUACUCCACGACAUUGGCGACAGGAAAUACAUCUCCAAGCUUGAGACCACAUCUGGAACCGAAGUCGUAGACCCAACGACCAUGGUGAAACACGCACUGCUAGCUCAAGGCGCAAGUGCAGAUCUUGCAGCACGAGUCCAAACCAUUGUCUCACACGUCUCAUACACGACCGAAUGCAAAGAUCCAUCGGUGAUCAAGAGACUUAUUGACGAGGGGUAUGGCGAGCUGGCGAUCGUGCAGGAUGCUGAUCGGCUGGAUGCGAUUGGGGCUAUUGGAAUUGGACGGUGUUUUACGUUCCUUGGUGCUGUUGGAAAGAAGUAUUGUGACGAGGGAAAGUGGGAGAUGGGGAACUCAAUUGAGCAUUUUGGGGACAAGUUGGAAAAGCUGGAGGGAAUGAUGAAGACUCAGACUGGUAGAGAGAUGGCUAAAGUCAGGACAGAAAGGCUAAGGAUCUUCAAGGGUUGGUGGGAGGAGGAGAUGGAAAUAUGA